UGCUAUAAAAAAAACACACAGAGAGAACUUGCAACAUGUCUCAGCAACUUCUCUCCCGAGCCCUGGUGUCCAUAAACUGGCUCUCUGAGGCCUUGAAAACCUGCAAACCAGGUCCAGCUCUAUGUGUUCUGGAUGCUUCCUUCUACUACCCACCUAUCAGAGAUGGACGGAAGGAGUAUGAAGAAAAACAUAUACCAGGAGCUUUGUAUUUUGACAUAGAUGAAUGCAAAGAGCAGACAUCUCCAUAUGAAGUGAUGAUCCCCAGUGAGUCUUAUUUUGCCAAAUACGUGGGCAAUCUUGGCAUUAACAAUGAAACUCAUGUUGUGAUUUAUGAUGCUGAUCAAGUUGGUGUUUAUUACGCUGCAAGAGCCUGGUGGAUGUUUAGGGUUUUCGGGCACAGUAAGGUAUCUGUUCUGAAUGGGGGCUUCAGAAACUGGGUAAUGCAAGGCCUUCCUGUGACAUCAGAGGUGGUGAAGCCAAAGCCGGAGUCUUUUCGAGCAGUGCUGAACCCUGCCCUGGUGAAGACAUUUGAGGACAUUCAGAGGAACAUGAAUACAAAAGAAUUUCAGCUGGUAGAUUCACGUUCUGAAGGGCGAUACAAGGGUACAGAGCCAGAACCUGGAGAAGGUGAGACUUUUACAGACAGUAAACGUACAAGUAGCAUAAUUUAAUA